CAUGAUUACCGCUGGUCAGUCAAACGUUUUUGUUUUCGAUUUUUUUGAGAAAAAGAAAAUAAAAACAUUGGGAAAAAGCAAACAUUAUGGGCAAAAAACAGCACCAGAAGGACAAACUAUACAUAACAAAUAAGGAGUGGAAGGAGGAAUGGGGAGGCAAGAAGAAAGAUGUUGGGGAGAGAGCAGCAUUCAGAAGACUGCCUUUCAGCUGUUGCAGUAUCUCCUUUCAGCCAUUUGAACAUCCUUUAUGUACAAAAGAAGGAGUGAUAUUUGAUUUGUUAAAUAUUGUGCCUUAUCUAAAGAAAUACAAAUGUAAUCCAGUAAAUGGAGAGCCUCUAGAGCUGAAGGAUUUAAUACGCUUACAUUUUCACAAGAAUUCAGAUGGGAAAUAUCACUGUCCUGUUACAUUUAAAGUAUUCAAUGCCAAUACCAACAUUGUUGCCAUCAAGACCACUGGUAACGUCUACUCCUUGGAUGCUGUGGAAGAAUUAAACUUAAAAGCCAAAAAUUUCAAAGAUUUGAUCACAGAUGAGCCAUUUACUAGGAAGGACAUCAUAACACUACAGGACCCCAAGAAUUUGGAAAAGUUUAAUAUUUCGGCAUUUCAUCAUCAAAGGAAUAAUCUUAAGGUUCCUGACAAAGAUGAAGAAAGAGCAAUGAGAGACCCCAAAUUUUAUCUCAAUAAAGCAAACAAAGAGACUGAAAGUGUGCUGAGUGAACUGGAAAAGACGUACAAGGAACCAGAAAAGAAACAGGCUGAGAAAAAGGAAUUAGUAACUGAUAGAAAUGCAGCUCAUUUUUCUACUGGAGCAGUUGCACAAUCCUUCACGUCAACAGCAAGUGACAGAGUUACCCAGCAAGUCACAGCUGCUGUGGAAAAAGAUGUUGUCAGAUAUCGAGAAGUGAAAAAGAAAGGUUAUGUAAGGAUACAAACAACUCAUGGAGACCUUAACAUGGAACUGCACUGUGAUAUGGUUCCAAAAACUUGUGAAAAUUUCCUGAAGUUAUGCAAAAAAGGAUACUACGAUAAUACAAUCUUCCACAGAUCCAUAAAGAAUUUUAUGAUACAAGGUGGAGAUCCAACAGGAACAGGGAAAGGUGGAGAGUCAGCAUGGGGUGGCGCCUUCAAAGAUGAGUUCAAGCCGAACCUGGUUCAUCAAGGUCGUGGUGUUCUCAGCAUGGCCAACUCAGGAACCAACACAAACAAGUCUCAAUUUUUCAUAACUUAUAGAUCUUGCCGCCAUUUGGAUCGAAAGCACUCAAUUUUUGGGAAGCUUGUAGGAGGACUUGAAACCCUUAGCGCGAUGGAAAAGGUCGAAACAGAUGACAAAGACCGACCGAAGGAGACCAUAAAAAUUCUCAAAACAGUGGUGUUUACGGACCCAUUUGCUGAGGUGGACGAAGUUCUGAGACUGGAAAAAGAAAAAGAAGCAGAAGCAGAAAGACAGCGUCAGGAAGAAGCUGAUAAAGCAAGAAAAAGAGCCGCAGCUGAAAGCGGUCCAAAAGUUCAUCGUCCAGGUGCUGUUGGUAAAUACAUACCUCGAAAAGCAGGGAAGUCAAGCCAGGAUGACGAUUCACUAGACCAACCCGUGAAGAAGAAAAUCAAGGCGAGCGGAUUCGGGGAUUUCAGUUCGUGGUGACCCCCGUAAUUAAUCUGACAAAGAACAUGAAUGGACACAUCUAAAACCAUGUGAUCUACUUGAACUCCAAUACUGCAAUAAAAUGGCGAAGACUCACUGUAUCGAAGUGUGCGUGGUGAUAAUCUUAUAUUGUAUAGCGAUAGCUUUUGCUGGUGGAUUUCAAGAAAGUGAAGCGAAAGAGCACAAAGUUCUGCUGGGAAUAAAUGGCCUGCAUCUUGGACCACAGGUCAUUGAUGUGGUAUCUUAUUCUCUACACAACCGUACCUGGAACACAUUUAUACCCAACAUCACUGAUUACUCAUAUUCUACAUGGUUUAUACCGUCUUUCUUCACAGCUUAUUGCUCAACAACUAGGGUAUUCUACGUGUUAGUGGAUGAUAAGAAUGAAAACAAACUCGUCGCUGUAGACGUGAGAAGAAGAAAGGUCAUUGGGACAAUGAAAUUCGACGGCAGGUUGAAAUAUCAACAUUGUGACGAGAAGACAGGAAAUCUUGUGGGUCUUUUAGACACUUCGGGUGAACGGAACAGAAAACUCGUAAUGAUUGACUUUGAAGCUAGGAAAACGUCAACACUCUUUACAUCAUCCCACGGGAACUUCCCAUAUUAUGCCACGACUCUAGAUAUGACUGGAAAACGGUUCUUUUUCAACACUGUUAUUCCACAUUCCGACCCUCCAAACUACACUCUGGUAACGCUUGAUUUUAAAAGCCAGAAAACAGAGGUAUCCCCUGUAUAUACUAACUAUAGUAUUGGUGGACUUUUGUACGAAGAUUCUACUAAAAAGCUCUACGGUUUCUUGCAAACCCCUUCAACAGGGUACGAAGGCCCCAAGUACAAGGCUUUGUUGGGUGACAUGAAUCCCACAGCCGGUACCUUUGAAGCUGUGAGCGAUGUUUGGCCUGGUCAAGGGGCUUAUUAUAAUGUAGGCCUUACCCUCGAUCCCAAGAAGAGGUUGAUGUAUAUAAUGUUAUAUGAUAAGUUGAUCACAUUGUGUCUGAAGUCUGGGAAGACUUUGUAUGUGGACGAGCAAGAUCGAAAGGGGAUUGGGCUCCACUUCGCAAGAAUAUAAUGUUGAUAUUAAUCUAAUUUUAUUCUAAUAUUACUUUCAUUAAAUCACCUCAUAAAGUGUUUUCGAAAGUAUCUAAAAUGAUUUCCAUCAAAUUUAAUCAGAUUUGGGCUCCCUGUGUUGGCCAGGUGUCAGCGCAAAUAUGAAGAUUUAUAUAUUAUAGCAAGAAAAUAUUCUCUUGAUCAUAGUAUAUAUUAAUAUACGUUUCAUUCCUUUUUUUAUUUAUUUUUUUUACUUUCCUUUUUUUAGCAUAUCUAAUCGUCACAGACCCUUUGCAGUAAUUUUCCGAAAUACACUUAUUUCAAUAAAGUUAGUCACCAAAAACCUAGAAAGCUGAGAUCACUGAGCAUCAUGGGAAACUUUUCAUAUCAAAAAAGCAUAUAUAUACAAAGCUUUUUUAAUACAAACUGCAGCGAUGAUGCUCAGAAGAGGUGAGACUGUAACCGGUAAAAGAUUCUCAAGUCCAUGAGCAGUUACCAAGCGGUUGAACGUGUAAAAUGAAUCUACCCAUAAUCCUUGUAGGCCUCACCUUUAUAGCUUUUCAGGUGACUAACUUUAUUGAAAUAAGGGUAUGUGCAGUAUUAAUAAGGGAAACGGGGGAACUGUGCUUUAGUCAACAAAGUCAGGGCAUGGCUAACUUAAUUAACARAACGAUAUUCGCAGUUUGUUCUCGAGAUUGCCUGUCAAGGUCUUUAGUAUGUGACAUGCUUAUGCUGCUUAACAUCUCACAUGAGCCUGUGUCGUACAAAAUAAACGUGAAUAAACGAAAUAAAACAUUUCUGUCUU